AUGAUCAUCACUGACAUGAGGCCUCUGUCCAUGGUUGAAGAUGAAGGCUUCAAUAGAAUGAUCUGCACCUUUAAUCCAGGUUACACUCUUCCCUCAAGGACACAUUUUACAAAGCUCAUGGAGAGAAAAUAUGAAGAGACUUUCAAGGAAGUGAGGACUGUGACUAACACAAACCACAGCAAACUUGCUCUCACUGCUGAUAUAUGGACAAGUGUAGCCAAUGAAGCCUAUCUUGGGAUUACCUGCCACUACAUCACUGAUGACUGGGACAUGCAGUCUAUCUGCCUCACCACCAUGCCACUGCAGGAUAGACAUACUGCAUCUAACAUCGCAGAGUGGUUGGAGGAGGUAGUAGCUAGGUUUGAAAUUCCUGCUAGUAAAAUCAUUGCCAUAGUGCAUGACAAUGGUGCCAAUGUUGUGGCUGCAGCAAACAUCCUGGUGGAGAAGCAUGGAUGGUCUUCUGUGCGUUGCACUGGCCAUACCUUGCAACUUGUGAUCAAUGCUGCAUUGAAGCAUCCAAGCAUUGAAAAAGCUAUUGGGGCUACAAGAUGUCUAGUUCAACAUUUUAAGAAAAGUGAGCUGGCAUGCACAAAGCUCAAGGACAAACAACAACAAAUGGCCACACCUGAGCACAGCCUUGUUCAAGAUGUUAGCACUAGAUGGAACAGUACAUUCUAUAUGAUAAGCCGACUGCUUGAGCAAAGGUGGCCUGUAACAGCAACACUGUCAGACAGCUCUAUCACAUCGAGAGGCAAAAGGUACCUGGAUUUGAAACCAGAACAGUGGAGCCUUCUGGGAGAGCUUUCAACAGCUCUCAAGCCUUUUGAAUGUGCCACUGUGUUCAUGAGUGGACAGAAAUACACAACAAUAUCUGCCAUCCCUCCACUUGUGAAGGGGCUAUUGAAGUCCACCCAGAGUGCUGCCUUCGAGUCAGCCCCACUCCGGGCUUUCCAACUGACUGCUACACAGCAUCUACAGGAGCGAUGGAGAGAGGAGACUUCUUUCUCAGAUACAACUCCUAACACAGUGAUUCUUGCAACAGCCCUUGACCCAAGGUUUAGGAGACUUAAGUUUCUUUCACCUGAAGAGGUCCUGCAUGUCCAAACUAAAGUGCAAACAAUGGCACUUGCAGAGAAAAGGGAGAUGGAUGUGCAGCAGCAUGGCAGUUGCAGUAGCACCUCCACCGAUACUCCAGGUGCUGAAUCAGGACCUCGUGCCACCCUAUUGGAUUCUCUCCUUGGUUCUGAUGGUGAAGACGAGGACAGAGCAAGCGAAGGGGACGAUGUUCAAAACCAAGUGAGAAAUGAAGUCCUCACAUACUUUGGAGAAAGAAACAUUGCCAAGGAACAAAAUGCACUGCAGUGGUGGAAAGCUAACAGAGAUAGAUAUCCUAUAUUGGCUAGGCUAGCCAAGUCCUAUUUAUGCAUUCCUGGUACUUCAACACCGUCUGAGCGUCUGUUCUCUGCAGCAGGUAAUAUAGUUUCUAAAAAGAGAGCCAGCCUUAGCCAGGAGCAUGUUGACAUGCUAACAUUUUUGCAUUGCAAUGCAAAGUUCCUAAAGAAAGGGAGUGAGUGA